CCGACUUGUGGCACCUUUUUCUAACGUGCGCCAAAGGUACAGAUCGGAUGGCGCAAGACAGCAGUCUCUCUCCCGCUGUCGGAGGGGCGCAUGCACCCUAGCUGCUCGAUCUUCCCCAACUCAAGAAGGAUCGACGAUCGAUUUUCUUACCUUCUCUGGAAUUUUUAAUUUCAUAUAGAAAUCAAUGAAAUUUAGUUGAACGAACCUCUCUCUGCUUCCCUCGUCUCUCUUUUCUUUCCUUCCAUCUUUCCCUGCUUCUUAUCAGGAUUUUUUUUUUCUCUGGUUUUUGUUUAGUUCCAGUCUCCUACGUUUCAUCCAGUAAGAAGCAAAUUUUCUCUGUUUCUUAGGGUUGUCUCUCUCCUUGUUUCAGUUUGAGGAACUCAGAAGAUUUGCCCGAGUUUAAAAGGCACACAUGCUCUACUUAUAAGGAUGGAUUUGGAUUAUAUCUAAGAUAUCCAACAAUCUUCAAUCAUGGGGAAUGCAGAUGCGGAUGCUUCUACAAAGACACCAAAGUCGUCUUCAGCACAGCCUCCACCUAGCAGCCCUGCCGCAGUUUACCAUGACUGGGCUUCACUUCAGGCAUACUACAACUCUGCUGGAACCCCCCCAAUGCCACCACCUGGGUUCUUCCCUUCUCCUGUUGCAUCCAGUCCUCAAGGUCAUCCUUAUGUGUGGGGGCAGCACCUAAUGCCUCCGUAUGGCACACCGCCACCUCCAUAUGUUGCCAUGUAUACGCAUGGGGGUCUCUAUGCACAUCCAUCUCUCCCACCGGGAUCUCAUCCAUAUAGCCCCUAUGCAGUGCCUUCCCUGAAUGGAACAGCUGAAGCUUCUGUUUCUGCUGGUGGCAAUGAUGGAGAGGGUAAAGCAGGUGACCGCAAGAGCAGGAGUCCUCUCAAGCGAUCUAAAGGAAGCUUAGGAAGCCUGGGUAUGCUUACGGGCAAGGGAAAUGAGAUAGGAAAGGCAUCUGGGGCAUCUGCCAGUGGUGGCAUUUCUCAGAGUGGUGACAGUGGAAGUGAAGGUUCAAGUGAAGGAAGUGAUGCGAAUUCACAAAAUAGUUCUCAGCAAAAGCUAUCUGGUGAACAAGGUUCUGCUGAUGCUACGGCCCAGAAUGGGAGCACUGCUUGCAGUGUUUCAAAUAUUGUUACACAGACGCCUCCAACCCAAGGGAUCUUGAAUCAAAGUAUGGUUAUGGCUGUUCCACCGAAUGGUGUCUCUGGUCCAACAACAAACCUGAACAUUGGAAUGGACUAUUGGGGAGGGACUGCACCAACAUCCGUUGCUUCAGCCCGAGGCAAGCUCCCUGCUGUACCUGCUUCUGCAGCCAUAGUCCCUUCUGGUCAAAUAGGAACUCGAGAUGGUGUUCCUACAGAAAUGUGGAUACAGGAUGAACGAGAGCUUAAGAGGCAAAGAAGGAAACAGUCAAACAGGGAGUCAGCACGGCGUUCAAGACUGAGGAAACAGGUUAGGUACAUAUUUGAAUAAUCUUAGGACAUUUGUUUAACACCAUAACUAUGUAGUCGAUCUUCCAUUGUGAAAGUGCCAAUCGAUAAUAUGUUGUGUGUACAAACUGCUCAUCAACCAUAUCUUGUGCAUUUGCUGUUUGUUGAUUUUCUGAUGAAAUUUUUUUCAUGCAUAGAGGAGGCAAAUAUAGUUUAAAAAGCACCUGAACACUGAGUUGUAACUUAUGAUAUUAAUUUUGAUA